AUGGCCAUCCUGGUCCCCUUCUCCUGGGCUUCUGCUCCUCAGCAUCGAGGGCCACAGAGCUGGCUCCGUCUUUGUUCAGAGUCUGUCUGUAGGAUUCUGAGCGGAUCAUUGAAGGGCCGCCUGCCUCAGUCCCUCCUCUGUCACCCCAGCUGCCUCAGGGUGGUUGUAACUGUCUGGAGAGACCGUGCCUCAGAUGGGCUGGUCACAAGUCUGCGCCCACUGAAUUUGGGGAGGAGGGUCCCAGCAGGCGGGCCCGGGAGAGAUCAGCAAAAGCUUCCUGCAGGCCAUGGUGGGGGAGGGCAAAGUCAUGGGGGAGACGGAGCGCUGGGAAAGCUCAGGAGGGGCUGGGGGGUGGGACACGAGAGGGAGAGGGACCCGGACUUCCGGAAGGCCCAAGGGCCCGUCUUUGUAGGCGGGCAUUGUGGCCCCCUCGGGCACACAGGAGGAAUUCUUGGGAGACAUUGCUUUUCCACUUUCUCUCCACAGGAAGGUGUGAAAACUGAGAACGAUCACAUCAACCUGAAGGUAGCCGGGCAGGAUGGGUCAGUGGUCCAGUUCAAAAUUAAGCGUCACACACCUCUGAACAAAUUAAUGAAGGCCUAUUGUGAGAGACAGGGCUUGUCAAUGAGACAGAUUCGGUUCCGAUUUGAUGGACAACCAAUCAAUGAGACGGACACCCCUGCACAGCUGGAGAUGGAGGACGAAGACACGAUUGACGUGUUCCAGCAGCAGACAGGGGGAGCGUGGUAGGCGCCGGGGCCGGGGCCGGGCCCUCCCGGCCCUUCCUCGGGAAUUGUGGGAUCCUUCCGCCCCUGCGGAGGACACGGAUCCAGACUUGGCUCUCUCUGACCCGGCGGGCGUCGUCCUCGUGACUCGCGACGACCCUCGCGGGGACGCCACCACACCUCCAAUUGGGCCCAUGUGGAAUGUUCUCUUUGCUGAAGUAAAAGAUUCUUGCUUGUUUGUCUUCACUUUCCUUCCUUCUCUCCCCCCUUUGCUUUGGGGGCCCGGGUGCCGGCCCCCGCGCUUGGGAUGCUUUCUGGGCUGAAUCGUCUAAUCAUGUAAAUACUCCAGUCUAGUCAUGGCAGGGGGAGGGCCGGCGGGUGGCCAUCAGCCCCAUCACGGCAAAUCGCUGAUCCAUCGGCCAGGCCCCUCAGAGGAGGCCGGGGCCCUGCCCGGGUGCGCGGGCCGCUCCCCUGCCCCCAGCUGCCCCUCCCCGGGCAGCCCGGGGGACCGAGGUGGGCCCGGCCCAGCGUCCUGCGUGGGGCCCCUGGGGGGGGUCGUGUUGGCCCCGGCGGGCCCUGGGGGCCGUUCCCGUCUCGAUGUGUCUCUGCUGGUGUGACCCUGCCUGCUAAAGGGGCUCUCUGUGGGCACUCGCGUCUGUGCUCGGGCCUGUCUCCUUUCUGAUUUGUACGUCCUUUGUUGUCCUUUACUACUGUACACAGUAAAUAUAGUUUGGUACUCUG